GUCGACAGCGCCAGUAAAUAUAAGUUCUUCCAUUGUCAACACUUUGAGCUUCCUACAAAUUAAUCCAGGAUUAUUACAAAACCCGUUGCGUACUGUAUCAUCCCAGAUCUCCUAGAAGAGUGACCAAUCUCUCAGGCGUACAUCCAAUUAUUUGUCAAAAGGUUUUGAUUGAUUCUAAGGGGGCUUCAACGGAUGGAUAGUAGAUGGUAUAGUGGUAAACAGGAUAUGCACAUGAGAAGGCAACAAAAAGAUGAUGAGGGGUAUGAAGCUGCUAUUCUUGAGGAUCUUGCUGAGGAUUUUCGUUUACCAAUUGGUCAUAGAGUGACUGAGAACGUAGAUUUGGAUAAUGUGGAGCAAGCAUCGUUAGACAUACAGCUGCCAUCAUCAAAUGUCGGAUUUAGGCUUCUGCAGAAGAUGGGAUGGAAAGGGAAGGGGCUUGGAAAGGAUGAACAAGGGAUAACUGAGCCUAUAAAAUCUGGGAUAAGGGAUGCUAAAUUAGGUCUGGGUAAACAAGAGGAAGAUGAUUAUUUUACAGCAGAAGAAAACAUCCAGCGUAGGAAGCUUGAUAUUGAAGUUGCAGAGACUGAGGAACUUGUAAAGAAGAGAGAGGUUAUAGCAGAGCGUGAGCAGAAAAUUCAGAGUGAGGUGAAAGAAAUACGGAAGGUGUUUUAUUGUGAUCUCUGCAACAAGCAAUAUAAACUGGCAAUGGAGUUUGAAGCUCACCUAAGCUCCUAUGACCACAACCACAGAAAGAGGUUUAAAGAAAUGAGAGAUAUGCAUGGAAGCAACAGUCGUGAUGAUAGACUGAAAAGAGAACAGCAACGGCAAGAGAGGGAGAUGGCUAAGUUUAAGCAGAUGGCUGAUACGCAUAAGCAGCAGCAACAGAUGAAGAAUCAGGAGGAAGCUGGAACCCUUCCAGCUACUCCUGCACCAAGUAGUGCUACUGUAGUUGCAGACCAAGAUCAGCGAAAAGUUUUGAAGUUCGGAUUCUCUGCAAAAGGCAGUGCAGCCAAGAGCUCUAUUAGUAAUUCUGCAAAGAACAAGAAGCCAAAGGUUGCUGUUGCUUCAGUUUUCGGGAAUGACAGUGAUGAAGAAUAGAGUACUUUCUGAUGGUUCCAGCUGAUAUCGUGUGACUUGAGAGCUGGGAACAUCUGACUGGACCACUGAGUAUACUUCAAUCGGGAAAAAAUGUAAUCUAUCUGGCUACCAUUACCUUACAAGACGUUUUUCUUAGUAAUGGUGAUAACCCUGUAAUCUUGACUGCACUAAAUUUGAACAAAACUAUGGAUAAUAGGUUUUUCAGUAGCUUAGAUGGUUGAUGCGUGGAACUAAGCACACAAUCUGAAGGAGCUUGCUGAGGUUCAAAGGCUUAGCAAUGUAUUAUUGUCUUAGUAUUUAUUGAAUGUCUCGUGGGACGACUACCCGUUUUGCAA